UAAAUGCCUGAAAAAGAAAGCGUCUGUGAUACCGUGAACUGACGAAAAACAACGUGGUUUUUGUGAAAUCCUACGUUAUAUAUAGAAUACCCAUAGUUUAUUUAUACUUCACUCGGUUUAUACAAUUGUUGUGCUGAACAAGUCAAAGGAAAUAUUGAAUAAUUGAAGUUUUUUAAAUAAGAAGUUUAUUACACCAUUUAACAUGGCUACAGGAGCUGGUCAGGAUGUGGAAAAGAGAGUCAUCAAACAGAUUGAGUAUUACUUUGGAGAUUUGAAUCUGCCAAGAGACAGAUUCUUACAAGAGCAGAUCAAACAAGAUGAUGGAUGGGUACCAUUGGAAGUGAUGUUGAAUUUUAAUAGGUUGAAGCAGAUUACAGAUGAUAUCCCAUUGAUUGCAGAAUGUCUGAAGAAAUCAACUUCCGGACUAAUGGAGGUCAGCGAAGAUGGCAAGAAGAUUCGCAGAAACCCAGAGAAACCAAUUCCAGAGAACAACGAACAAAGAAAACAUGAAUUGUCUGCCAGAUCUAUAUAUGCAAAAGCGUUCCCUUUAGAUUCUACACUGGAUUCGUUGACAGAAUUUUUCGAAGAAUUUGGGGAAGUUGAAAGCCUAUCAAUGAGAAAAGAUGUGAAGAAAAAGUUCAAGGGCUCAGUUUUUGUAACUUUCAAAACAGAAGAGGCAAUGAAGAAGUUCCUAGAAGCAGAGUCAGUGAAGUUUAAAGAUGAAGAACUUGAGAAGAGAUUAUCCAAAAACCAGUACUACCAAAAUAAACAAGAGGAGAGAAAGCAACAACAAGCAGAAAAACAAAACAAGAAAGACAAAGCAACAAACAGACAGGUAGAAGACAGCUGGCAGAAAGUUGAGAAUGAAAUGCCAAAAGGAGCGUUACUGUUACUAACGGGGAUGGAUAAAGAAGAAACACGUAGAGAAGAUAUAAAGAAUCUCUUGCAAGAUUUUGGACCAAUUGCCUGGGUGGAUUUCUGCAGGGGUGAUGCAGAGUGUGUGGUGCGUUAUGAUAAAGAGAACAUGGCAAAGGAAGUUUUAGAGAAAGCAUUGGCAGCAAAUAAUAAUGAACUUGUGAUACAUGAAAAGAAACUGGAGUCAAGAGUUCUAGAGGGUGAUGAAGAAGUGGCACGGUGGAAGAAAAUGCAUGAAGAUAGUAUAAACAGAGUGUUAGAGAAACAAAAUAGAAACAGUAAAAAUAAACAAAAAGGUAGAUGGGGCAAAAGACCAUCCAAGCAAACGAGAGAAGCUUUGAAGAGAGCUAAAGAAGCUGCAGCGACUGGAGGAGGAGAUGAGCCCCAGGCUAAAAAGGUGAAGGUAGACGGCGAUUGAACAGAAAGUUGAAACAAAAGACUAUUGCCUGAUUUAAA